GGCGGCGGCAGCGGCGGCGGCGGGCGGCGCCCCCGGGCAAUAUGUUCAAGAGAAUGGCAGAGUUCGGGCCUGACUCCGGCGGCAGGGUGAAGGGCGUUACCAUCGUGAAGCCGAUCGUGUACGGGAACGUCGCGCGGUAUUUUGGGAAGAAGAGAGAGGAGGAUGGUCACACUCACCAGUGGACGGUGUAUGUGAAGCCGUACCGGAACGAGGACAUGUCUGCAUAUGUGAAAAAAAUUCAAUUCAAGUUGCAUGAAAGCUACGGUAAUCCUUUAAGAGUUGUUACCAAACCACCAUAUGAAAUCACCGAAACAGGCUGGGGUGAAUUUGAAAUAAUCAUUAAGAUAUUUUUCAUUGAUCCAAAUGAAAGACCUGUAACUUUAUAUCACUUGCUGAAGCUUUUUCAGUCGGAUACCAAUGCCAUCCUGGGGAAGAAAACUGUAGUUUCUGAAUUCUAUGAUGAAAUGAUAUUUCAAGAUCCUACUGCAAUGAUGCAGCAGCUGCUAACAACGUCUCGUCAACUAACACUAGGUGCUUAUAAACAUGAAACAGAGUUUGCAGAUCUUGAAGUGAAAACCAGGGAGAAGCUUGAAGCUGCCAAAAAGAAGACUAGUUUUGAAAUUGCUGAGCUUAAAGAAAGACUAAAGGCAAGUCGUGAAACCAUCAACUGUUUAAAGAAUGAAAUCAGAAAACUUGAAGAAGAUGAUCAGUCUAAAGAUAUGUGACAAGUGCUGACUUGAGUGUGUACUGAAAAUGGAAAGACUUCAGUCAUGGAAUUGUAUGAGUUCUCUUCAGUUCUGUAACUGAGACUAUGAGAAUUUCACUGGCAAAUGAUUGAAGUUUGUGGCAAUCAACUCCAUAAAUGGAAGAGAAAAAAGAAAGAAUGUAUCCUUGUUUUAUAGUUAAAAUCUGUGGGUACUUAACAGUUUUCUUUCAAGUGGAAGUGGUCUUGAAGACCAGACUACUUUUUCUUUGAAAACUGCAUUUGAGUCAUGUAUGAAAACUUUGUAUUAAGUCUUGUAUUAGUUCAAUGUGAUUUUACAAAAUGCUGGUGUUUACUUUUUUUACUUUUUUUUUUUUCUACUGAUUGUUUAGUCAUGCAUCUUUAAAGCUAAAAAUAAAAUAUGCAGUUUUUUAUUUUAAUGUUUUUUGUC